GCACUGUAAGCCACCAUGCCCGUUGCCAAAAGUUGGGUUUGUCGUAAGACUUAUGUCACUCCCCGCCGUCCCUUCGAGAAGUCUCGUCUCGACCAGGAGUUGAAACUCAUCGGCGAGUAUGGACUGAGGAACAAGCGUGAGGUGUGGAGGGUCAAGUUUACUCUGGCCAAGAUCCGUAAAGCUGCCAGAGAGCUGCUCACCCUGGAUGAGAAGGAACCCAAGCGUCUGUUUGAAGGUAAUGCCUUGCUCAGACGUUUGGUGAGAAUCGGUGUGCUGGAUGAGGGUAAGAUGAAGCUCGAUUACAUCCUGGGUCUGAAAGUUGAGGAUUUCUUGGAGAGGAGGCUCCAAACACAGGUGUUCAAGCUUGGACUCGCCAAGAGUAUUCACCACGCCCGUGUUCUUAUCCGCCAGAGACACAUCCGUGUGCGCAAACAGGUGGUGAACAUCCCUUCCUUUGUGGUUCGCCUGGACAGCCAGAAGCACAUCGACUUCUCUCUGAGGUCUCCUUAUGGUGGUGGACGCCCCGGCCGCGUCAAGAGAAAGAACGCCAAGAAGGGUCAGGGCGGAGCUGGAGGAGCUGACGACGAGGAGGAGGAUUAAGAAGGAUGCCGUCUGGGGAGUCCACAUUGAUUCCUCUUGUCCAAACUCAAUAAAAAUAAGGUCUGACCAAAUAAA